AUGCCUGGAUGUCAGUAUCAACAAUACUUGAAGAUUGAAAAGAGAGAGCUUGUGCUUCCAGAUUUCAAUGUAACAUCAGAUCAAAAUGACUACAAACAAUCUCAGAAAGUAUCAUUUUACAAAAUGAUUAUUGCAAAUUAUGAGAAUAAUGCAGUGGGAAUGACUAGUUCUGUAUCAGUUAUACAAUUGAAAGAACUGAGUGAUGAGUCAAUUGCUGAAACAGAGACAGAGUCAGCUGUGGAGAAGGUAUCUUUACUUAUAAGAAAGAAUGACAAGUUUCACAAUAUCACCUUGAUUAAAAAAAUUGUGAAAGAUCAAGAACUUUCAAUUCCAUGCAAGGCAUUCUGUUGUAAAGAUUUUGAGAAGUGUUGUUACAAGAUGCUGUUUUUUUUGUCUUUGAAAGUAACUAGUGAUGUAUCAGUUGUUGUUGAGUUCUCAGAGAUAGAGAGGGAACUGUUGAAAUCCUCUGAGAAGAAAGUGAAGAAGAAUGAUGAGGAAUCUGAGAAGAGAGAGGAGUAUGAGAAAGCAUCAGAGAAUGAGGAGGAUGAAAUGAUCAGUUAA